AUGGCCAGCGCAGUAGGCCGUGCAAGGAUGAAGAUUUUGUGUUUGAUGGCGUUUAUCUUGGCCCCAGUUGUGGCGCAAUAUCAGUGGGCCAUCUUUGAGCAGGAUCGAUUGGAUUUGUGCGCCGGAAGUCCGAGCUGCAAUGGGCGUCCUCACACGAUGUGCUAUAAGACCAAUGAAACGCAUCCGCGAUGUCGCAAAUUCCAGCCAGUGGUGUUGAGCGAAGAAAACGUCAAAAGCUUUAUGAUGGGUCACAACGGGCUGCGCAACAAGGUGGCUACGAAUUCGCGGGCUCCAGCAAUCGAUAUGCAAUUCCUGCAUUGGGACCGAGACCUGCAGGCUAUGGCAGAACGGUGGGUUCGCCAGUGCAUCCUCGCGGUCGACGAGUGCGAUUUCAUCGGAAAUCCUUCCCGUCCGGUCGGGCAGAACGUGUUUUUUCAUCCGAAGCCGAUGCUGAAACAUUGGGAGGCGUUGGCGUUGAGCACGUGGUUCAACGAACAGAACACCUUGCCGGUUGGCUCGUCUGUCGGUAGGUUGCGUCCGGAUGGUGUAUCGAACUACACGCAGCUCGUAUGGGCAAGAACACAAUUUGUGGGCUGUGGUGCGGCCAGUAUGUACGGUGGUUAUCUCGUCGUCUGCUACUACUACCCCAAGGGAAACAUCGUGGGUCAGCAGGUGUUCACUGUUGGCCGGCGUCCUUGCAUCGGUUGUCCCCAGGAGCGCGCAUCCUGUUCACAUGUAUUUCGCGGACUUUGUGGGAUCGACAUCAACCUUCAGCGCCAGACGCAGGUCGGCCGUGAGUCAUGA